AUGGCCACCAACAUUACCUGGCAUCCAUCGCUCUCGCGACAUGAGCGAAACCAACUCCGUGGCCAACGCGGCUUUACUGUUUGGUUCACGGGUCUCUCUGCCUCGGGAAAGUCGACCGUUGCCACUGCCCUUGAGCAGCACUUGCUUCAUAUCGGCCUUGCCGCCUACAGGCUCGACGGCGACAAUGUUCGCUUCGGCCUGAACAAGGACCUGGGCUUCUCGGAGAAAGACCGCAACGAGAAUAUCCGCCGCAUUGCUGAGGUUGCCAAGUUGUUCGCUGACUCGUCCACCAUUGCCCUGACAUCCUUCAUCUCUCCUUACCGGGCCGACCGGCAGAUCGCCCGCGACUUGCAUGCGAACGCCUCGCAGUCCGGCGACGACGCACUCCCGUUCAUCGAAGUCUUUGUGGAUAUCCCUCUGGAGGAGGCCGAGAAGAGAGAUCCCAAGGGUCUCUACAAGAAGGCGCGUGCUGGUGAGAUCAAGGACUUUACUGGCAUCUCGGCGCCGUACGAGGCCCCUGAGAAUCCAGAAAUCACCAUCCGAACCGAUCAGCUGAGCGUGGAGGAAUCAGUGAGGAAGAUUGUAGAGUACCUGGCGGAAAAGGGACUGAUCAGCCAGACCACCGAGACGAGAUAAAUGAAGAGCGAUCCUGGGCCC